AUGGAUACGACCGCAGCUGCGAUGGGCCAAGCCCACGAGCUAUACUCCCGCGCCAACGCAACGCAGCCUCCUAUAUACAAGGCAAUCGGUAUCUCGCUGGCCAUUGCUUCCGGCGUUUUUAUCGGUGUAUCGUUUGUUCUGAAAAAGACAGGGCUGCUCAAAGCCAACGCCAAGUAUAAUGAAGAAGCCGGCGAAGGCUACGGGUAUCUGAAGAAUGCCUGGUGGUGGACUGGGAUGACGUUGAUGAUCAUUGGCGAGAUAUGCAAUUUCGUUGCCUAUUGUUUCGUUGAUGCCAUUUUGGUGACUCCCAUGGGCGCCCUCUCAGUUGUCGUUACUACCGUUUUAUCGGCAAUCUUUUUGAAGGAGCGGCUGAGCUUCGUCGGAAAAGUCGGAUGCUUCAACUGUAUUAUUGGCGCUGUCAUCAUUGCCUUGAACGCCCCCGAACAAGCUUCCGUGAGCGACAUCCAGGCAAUGCAGCAUUAUGUGAUUGCCCCCGGGUUUUUGACCUAUGCCGGCGUCAUCAUUGCUGGCUGCACAUUUGUUGCUUUCUGGGCAGGCCCCCGAUACGGCAAACAGAGCAUGUUCGUCUACAUUAGUAUUUGCAGUCUCAUCGGCGGGCUGAGUGUUGUCGCAACCCAGGGCCUGGGUGCUUCCAUCUUGGCCCAAAUCCGAGGAGAAGAGCAGUAUAAGCAUUGGUUCCUUUAUGUUCUUUUUUUCUUUGUCGUUGCGUCGUUGCUGACCGAGAUUAUUUUUCUCAAUAAAGCUUUGAAUAUUUUUAAUGCCGCGCUCGUCACCCCCACUUACUAUGUCUUUUUCACCAGUGCAACCAUUGUCACAUCGGCUGUUUUAUUCCAAGGCUUCUCGGGAUCGGCCAUGUCCAUUGUCACUAUUAUCAUGGGCUUCUUGACCAUCUGUUCUGGAGUGGUUUUGCUGCAGCUGUCAAAGUCUGCCAAAGACGUGCCAGAUGCGGCCGUCUUCAAAGGUGACCUGGAUCAGAUCCGAGAAGUUGGCGAGCAGGAAGCCCCCGAAACCGAGCCCAAGGCGGAUGCCUUGCGAGGCACUGCCGCCAUACUGCGCCGUAUCUCUACUUCCAGGCAGAAGAGGGAGGAGCAAGAAAUCCAACGAUACUUCAAGGAGAAACAAGAAGACCAGGCCGGUGAACCAGGCGACAACGAGAUAAUCGAAUGGGAUGGGAUCAGACGACGCAAGACAGUUGUUGGUGACCACCCAACGAUGACACCAAGGUCUGCUCGCUCGCUCAAGAGCCCGCGCCCGCCUCUGGGUAUGUCGUACUUUCCAGACGAGGAGGAGCAGUUCAAUCGAACGCCAAGUGGUACCAGCUCUUCGUUCUUUGACGGUGUCCGCAGUCGUGCCUCUACUGCUCUUCAUCCGUCUCAAUGGCAGCCCCGAGGAGCCGAGGAGCGGAAUGGCCAGAACAGCCCUAUGCAUCCAGUGGCAUUGACAGAAAUUGCCGUCGGUAGCAAAGAGGGCGUUGACACUGCCUAUCGUGGCGGUGGUCUAGAGCCCCCUUUCCAGCCGUACACCGGCAGAGAGCGCAGUGAUACGCCCAGGUCGAUUGUUUGGGCCGAUGAACGGCCGGAAUUGUCGCCGAGCAGGAAUAGCCACCUAGCAGCUGAAGAUGCGUCGGCAUCGCGGCGCCAGUUCUCUUUCAGGUCCAUGUUUAGUCGAAGGAAAUCUAGCGAGAGCUUGCCGUACGGCCCCGUCAGCCCCAGCCGAGGAAUUCUGAAAAACAAUGACAGAGGAGCCGCGGGCUCUUCCGAAGUGAGGCGCGCACUGCGGAAUGCCACCGAAGAGGAACGACUGGGCCUGGUUACAGGAGACUCGCGAACAGCAGACAACAGACAACACGAUGAUUACGACGAUGAGAAAUUCACGCGGUCACCGUCUCCCGAAUCGUUCGACUCGACAUUGGACGCGGUGGAGGAAGUGCGACGGCAGUUCAAAACACAACGUCCGCACCAGCCAUCGGGAUCAUCCACUAUCUCCACCUCGACAUUCCCGGCAUACGAAGACACGCACCAUCACUACCACUCGGAACUCGACCAUCCGCGCGGGUAUCUGACAGUCCGACGGAUUUCGUCGCCGCCGCCUAUUGAAGAGGAGGCUGAGAGUCAGCACCACGAUCCGUAUGUCCCAGGACCGGGCAGAUCGCUGCCGCCGAUUCCAUCAGCGGAAGAAGACGAGUAUGUGCAGAUAAUGCGUUCGGCCGGCGCUGGCGGACAGAGCCAUGGCAAUAGCAGUCCUGAGCUCGACGUGACGUCUGUCACGUCGUCCUCGCGGUCGUCUGCGUCACCUCCAUCUGCACGUCGACAGCUGCAGCAGCACCAACGUCCAAUUGAAACAAACAGUCGCAGCAACAGCAGCGGCAGUGAAAGCGGAGGGGUCACCCGAGGGCUAGUUUCUGGCGGCCCAGCAGCUUUUAUAUAG